AAUUCACCCCAUCUCAGCUUUCCGCACCCCCCUCCACCACGGCAGCGCCUCAUCACGAAUUCUUUUCAACCUCUCAUAUAUUAUCUCGAAUCGAUAGCACGGAGUGUCGCAAAGGAAAUUCAGCACGGAGGAGAGGGGCAUUUGUAAUUUUCUGUCCCCCCUUUUCUUUCCCUCUUCACCUGUUUACCCUACCGCCCGGUUUGUUUGUUUUGAUUUCGACAAAGCAUCAUGGCCGGACGCCCCAUCUCGAAAAUAGCCCCCGUCGGCUCCAUGACCUGGAUCACAAAUGAGCGUACAACAAUACGUCAACUCGGCGAACAGGAUUUUGAGGAUUUCACUUUCUCGGCUCGGGGGGAGUUGGAAUGGCUCAACGAGCAUAUGGCCGAUAUUUUCGAGCGCGGUCAAGUGUAUGUUGGAUAGAAUCCCUCCCUGUUGGGUCAAUCGGCGGGGUUCGCGCUAAUGGGAGGAAAUCAGAGAUAUGGCUGAGCUGCUCAAGACUCCAGGAAGAUUAAGAGGGAAAACACCUCGAACUGCCCGGCAACAAUUGAGACAGGUAGAGGUUAGUCGCCAUCAAUAUCGAUCUGUAGCCUUUAAUCUCCGUUAACACGUUGUGAUGUAGCCUUUCGGCGAUGUACUUAGUGCCAACAAGCCAGCUGCGAUUCUGCCCGCUGGAGAUAAUAGAUUUUACAAUGCCCUUUCACAACUCCCUAGUAAUGGCAGCCGCGUAAGCCCGGCGCGCGAGAAGAGCUCGGGCUCCAAGUCCCCCAAUCGGUUGGUACGGAAACAGCAGGAUGUCGCUCCUCCUCCUCCUCCUCAGAAGGUAGAUGGUGUGAUGCGUGAUAGUGGCAUCGAGUUUAGUCAGGUGGAGGCUCCAGCGACCCAGGUUAAUGAUAGUGGGAUUUGGAGUGCUUCAUCAGAGUAUGCGUCGCAACAGUCUGUGUAUCCUUCACGAAGGAAGUCAACGCCGGUGGGUGCCUCGGUGCAGGAGGAGGAGGCUGUUUUGCCCUCCCCCGCGCCUCUACCGGCGCCCGGAGGGGAAUCGGAUGGGAGGACUACUCGACAAUCAUUCCGCACGGCGCACGAGGAUGAGGCUUCAUCUGAGCGUCCUCGUUCGCCAGUACAGAAAGCACCCAAGUCACCGAAGAAGAGCCCAGGGAAGCCAAAGCCUCAACGGGUAUCCCCGGUCAAGAUCAUAUCUCGCUCGCCUAAGAAGGAUGCUGCUCCGGCCCCUGAACCCCGGCGGUCUGGACGUUUACGCAGUGGACGUGGUUCUACGGAUUCUGAAUUGUCUAACAACGAGAGUGAGGUUCCACUACCGUCAUCACCUCCUGUUACGCGACCGGCUCUAUCACAAAAGAAGGCCGAAUCAUUCACAGAAAAAACACUAGAUGACGGAUAUCCUCAACUGCCUAGCGAGCAAGCGCAAGCACCUGAGCCAGGGCCAGCAGCGGCUGAAACUCCUCUACGUCAUGCUGAGAAGGCCGAGAAGACACUACAAGCAGAAGCUCAGAUGACUCCUGCCAGUGAGAGAUCUGGCUCGGGAUCGCCUGAACCUGUUAUUAGGAAGAGCAUUCUCAACUUUGCAUCUCUCCCUGCAAGAGAGCCAUUAACCAACAAAAAGAAGAGUUUGGGCGUCAGGGCUACUCGUGAGAGCCAUCUCGAGCAACUUCGUGCUAACGGCACAAGCAGAGCCAGCUGGAUGAAUCGGAAGGGCAACGGCAAGAGUUUAGGAGCUGCGAACCGGCCUGUUGACACGAUGGCGAAUAGUAUUGAAGAUAGGGAUGAAGAUGAGCCGAAGCCAAUUGAGAAGUCUCUAAAGCGCAAGAGCGAACAGCAGGAUACUAUGAGGUCACGGAAGAAAUCGAAGAGUAUCAGCCCGGCUGAGGUGGCUGCGCGAGAGGAGGAUUCAAAUGGGGAGACCGAGAAGGAUAAAGCUCUUCAUAACAAAAUUUCGACUCAACGUCUUCACGAAAAGAUUCAACAACUUGGAAAGGUCAAAGCUCCCCGUGAGACUCACUCAGUAUCUAUUCUUGCAGCGGAGCCAGCGUACCCGGAUUUAUCUCAGCUUAGGCAGGAUCAACCUCCUGCUCCAACGAGGCGGCCUAACAGCACUCAUCAGGGUGAAUCUGCUCGUCCGGUUACCGAUGAAUUGCCACAAGAGCGAGAGAAGGUUGGGGGAAAGACACGUUCGGAGUCAUUCACUAAGCCUAGUCUGACAAGAAGUCAUACCGAGCCAAGAUUGGGCGUCGAGGAGGAACCUAUUCGACGCCCUGAUUCGCCCAAGAAGACCCAAACAGCACGCAUGGCGACACUUACAAGAACCAUGAGUGAUGUUUCUGCCCCCCCUCCGAGAUCCCCCGUGGCACGUCCUAGGCUUUCGAAGUCAUUCUCGGAGGUGCGGCAUCGGGAACCGGAUCUGCAAUCGCCGCUCUCCCCGAGGGGUGAGGGGGCUAUAACGGCGGUUAAGACUCACACUGCAAGUGUAUUCAAGAAGGCCAAGGAGAUGCUGCUUAAGAGCUCAGUUUCGAGUGCCUCGGCCAAGAUUGAAUCGCUCAGCCCAGCCCCUAGGUGGCAGGGAAUCAAUGCUGUGAAGCAAUCGGCGGAGACCGAUACACAGAUAGGACAUUCUCAGCCUUCAGCCAAAUCCCCCGUGGAGCAAUUAUAUCCGGAUCUUAAUUCAGUCACUGUGGCUCAGGAAUUGUCGGAAGAGCUAUCUGCAGAGAAGCCGGUUGAGAAGCCUGUUUCGGUGAAGGAGGUCCGGCAAACGAGGAAUUCGCGAUCCAAGGAAGCGGGCAAGGCGGAGGCGGAAAAGGCGGGGAAUGUAGCUGAGAAGGCGGUAGAAGAAGUAGCUCUUGGUGGGGCUGCUGCUAUUGAACCUGUCAAGGAGGGUCGUCAAACAAGGAACUCGAGGUCUCGUGAGACGCCCCAAGAGGAGGUAACGGAGCCAGCGCCACCUUUGGUAAAAUCUCCACGAAAACUCAAGAAUGCGGCUCGGGAAGAGGAGCUUAGGCAGGUCCGGGAACUCAGGCGCAAGCACCAAGAGGAGAUGCUCAGGAAGGAGAAAGAGGAGCUUAGAAGGCGCCAACAAGCUGAGCAACAACGGGAGAAGGAAGAACAACGGAGGAAACCGAUAGAACUCUCUUCUGAUCCCUCAUCGCCCUCCGAAGACGAGGAGGAAGAAAAGGCUGUGGAUCGUGAGGAAAAUCGUGGGCGGUUUGGCUCUUCCGCGGAACCGGAGCGUCCUCCUUCCCGUCUCCAGAAAGCUGGCGGAAGAUUUCAGAGACCUGCGGAAACUAAGCGUCCGUCUAGACCUGCAAAGGAGGUGCAAAAGUCUAAGCCGGCACCUGUUAACAUUCGGAUUGGCACUGCUAGUCAGAGAGAGAUGCAGGAUCAACGUGGCAAGAUGACUGCCCCAACAGGUUCCUCGUUGAUAUCGGCUCUUAAGAGCAGCUUUGAGCCAUCUCUCAAUGCUAGUGCUAGUCAGGGUAGCCUUCAAUCGAUUCCUUCUAACUCUAGUAUGCGAAGCGGUUCCAACACAGGAACCUCGAAGCAAUUGAAGUCCUUGACCGCUGCUGCUAAUCAAUUGAAGAAGGUUGGUUGCGCCUAUUAUUCACCUCCUGCUCCGGCCUGGUUUAGGUACUAAUUCGAUUUUUGAUAUCCAGGAACAAGAGGAACGGGAACGGAAAAUGGCGGCAAAGCGGGAGAUAGAGCGCCGCAGACAAGAGAAUCAGAGGCGACAAAUUCAAGAGGAAGAGCAGAAAAAGAUGAGACAAAAACCUGCACAAGCUGUCCCUCCUUCUGCGAAGACCUUAUCGAGGAUACAGUCUGUCGCCAAUGUAGGUCCUAGACUUGAACGUCUGUACGUUCGGAUAGCUAACAGAAUGAAGCUCCGUCAAAAGUCUGAAGAGCCCGAAAACAAGAGACUCGAGUACCAGACUAAAGCUGCCAGCUUCCAGAAGUCAAAUGCUAGCAAACGCACUCUGCAGCAGGAGUCAUCGUCGGAUGAUCUCCAGAAUGCACGCCUCGCUCCACCCAGGCCUGGUGGCCCAGCGUAUCAGCAGGAGGGUGCGAAGAAACGCCGUACCGGGGAGUUUGAGGAGGAGCGUCCUAGGCCUGCAAAGGAAAUGGCGCCUCCUAUCAGACAAUCAGCUGUUAGGGGAGGUCUCGGUCAGAAGAGUGGGCUUCCCCAUGGCUACGUACCGGCGAGCCAGUCCGUAUCUUCGUCCACUGCUCCGUCUGCGCUUAGACCUCCCACGAAGCCUGGCACCGUACCGCAUGUCGAGGGUGUCAAGUUCUCGAAGGAAAAGCUUAGAUUCGCACCUGCAGAAACUCCUACUUCUGCCUCUGGACCUUCCUCUUCCGAUCCUGCUCCAAAUCCUCCCUCUAAUUCCACAGCAUUCAAGACUCCCGGGACGUCCAAGUCAAUGAGGCCUACAAAAACCCCGGCUGGCGUGAAGGAGUCGCCAAUCUACCAAAAUGGCGAGCUCAUUGAAUUGCCCGAAAUCCCUACAGAGUAUGUUUCCCCACUCCCCCCCCCUACUGCAUCCUCCAAUUCAAUCACUGAUCCCCGCUCAGCUCCGAAGACGAAGAUGACGACGACGACUACGCCACGAAAGACACCUUCCGCGUUCCCGACUGGGCUGAAUCCCCGGAACUCCGCGCGCAGCUACAACGCCAGCAGACGAUGAACCCAGAGGAGGUCUUCGGACCCAUGGCACGCUUGGACAUGGAGGCCAUCUUCACCAACAGGAAUGAGCGACAGAUGGCACGCUUCAGAUCGCGUACCUCAUCUGCUAACUGGAACGGCGCGGAUAGGCUCACCCCUGCCGAGAUUGCGGCGGAUCAUGAAGCGAGGUUGAGAAUGAUCGAGCAAGGGGGCUGGGUGUAUCAGCCUGCUCCUUGAUAAGCUUUUACGUUUCUUAUUGGGCUGUACUGUUUAUGAUAUAAAAAUCUGGCUGGCGGGCGGGCGGGGGGAGUUUGUCGUUUGAUUUUUUUUUUUUCCGUCCCUUUCUUGUAUUGAUUUAUUGUUUGGUCAUGGGGGGAUUAUAUUAUUAUACCAUGGCGGGCGUUUGUAUGAGUCGCUGCGUGCGCUGCGGAGAGGGCUACGGCGGACCGAGCGAGCUGGGAAUGCGUCCAUUCAUUCAUGCAUAUAUAAGCGCACGAAAGUACCUUUUCGGGGUGAGUUGCUCUGUGGGGGUUGCGGUGGCGGUUGUGAAUUAGGCUUGGAAAUGAUUCUGGUUGGUUUCUUAUGCAUUAUUUCCACACAGUGCUUUCCUUUGCUUUGGCUGCGGUGAUUAUCCGUUUUUGUGUCAUAUUCCUAUCUACCAGUGUCGUGAUUAGCUCUUGAUGGGGGGUGCUUGCAAGUACGGUCUGGGACUGGGGGUUUUUUCCUUUUCAUUUCUACUGUAUAUAUAUCUAUAUAUUAUAUACACUUUCUUACUCUGCUGUCGUCUUACGUUUUUCGUUUUUAUUUUUGGGUUGGGCUAUGAUGCUUUUGUUUUGUAUUUGAUGAGUAGUACUCAAGUUAUGAUUGGGUAUGAAUAAAAGUUCUAAUAGAGCUAAGCUCGGCUCGGUGGUUAAUCUGUGCGGGAGGGGUGAGUUAAGGGUAGAUCGUCUAAUUUAUUAAUUUUUGUAUCGUACAGUCCAUAACCUCUCUUCUCCCUCCCUACUUCCCCAUCCUCCUCUUCCAAUCCUCCAAAAAGGUCCCAACCUCCCCCUUCGGUACGAUCAAAAACUUGACGAGCCCGUCCACGACCUCCACCUUCCCACCAUUCCCCAGCACACUCCCCAGCGUAGCCUUCUUCCCAACCCUGACCAGCCCGCCCGUCCUGGUCUCGACGAAAACCUCCACUUUCCCGGGCGGGGAAUAGGACUUCUCGUGAUCCCACUCGGGAAAAUCCGCGAGCACAACCCCUAACUGCGCCCCCACCUCCGAGCUCACGGCGAAAGCCUUAACAAAGUCCGACUGCCCUUGCAACGGAUACAAGAACAUCGCGGGAAAGUACAAUUCACUGGCCGGAUCCAGCGGGUCUUCGAGGUGGGCCUGAACGUCCUCCAUGUCGGGCGGGUGCGGGGUCCUCCUUAGCGUGAUAUUGCGAGUAGCGAGUGCCGCUGCGAGGGUUUUUUCGAUGGCGAGCUGGCGCUGGACGCGCUGCUGCCGCGCAGUUUCGAGGGCGGAGAGGUGGGAUUGGCGGGAGAGGGCUUGCUCUUGUAGGGAUAUUAAGGGCUGGUUGGUGGGGGAGGUGCUGAGUCCGUUGUCGAUGCAUUGGAGGGAUUCGGGAAGCUUGUCGAGGGCAAGGAGAGCGCGUGCGCUGCGGUACCAGGCCUUUGUAUUGUGCGGGUUUAGCUGCAGGGCCGACUUGCUGUCCGUUAUUACUUUACGGAAGUUUU